AUGAACGUCAACAAAAAACUCGACCGCUUCAAGCAAUGGGCCGGCGAGAGAAUGGGCGGCGAAGCCAGGACCAACGUGUCCGACGACUUCAAGGCCAUGGAGAGCGAGAUGAAUCUGCGCCACGACGGAAUGGACAAAAUGCAUCGGUCCAUGACUGCUUACGUCAAAGUCAUCUCCAAGCGCACCGAGGGAGACGACAAGGAAAAGACGCUUCCCAUUGCUCAUCUGGGCAGUGUUAUGAUCCAGCAUGGCGAGGACUUUGACUCGAGCAACGAUUUUGGACAAUGUUUGGUUUUGACUGGAAGAGCUCAUGAAAGACUGGCUCGAGUACAGGAAUCUUACUCCGUCCAAGCUACCACAACCUGGCUUGAAGCGCUUGAGCGAAAUCUGGCGUCUAUGAAAGAAUACCAGAAUGCCCGCAAAAAGCUAGAGACUCGCCGUCUGGCGUACGACACCUCGCUGGCAAAGAUGCAAAAGGCCAAGAAGGAAGAUUUCCGCGUUGAAGAGGAGUUGCGCACGCAAAAAGUCAAGUACGAAGAAACCAACGACGACGUCUACCGCAGGAUGAUCGAUAUCCAAAGCUCAGAGGGCGAGAACGUUGCCGACUUGACCGCUCUCGUUGACGCCGAACUCAACUACCAUGACCGAUGCCGCGAAGUUCUGCUGCAGCUGAGAAACGAGUUGCCGGUAGCCAACACGCAAGCACCAGUGAACAAUACUCGUCGUCCUGGCCGCGCACGGUCAAACACCGCCCACUCCUACCAAGAACGAUACGAGCCGGUCCAGGAGGAACACCUUCCGCCGCCGCAGCCUCCUCGUCCCACCAUUGGAUCGCGAUCGCCGUCUUCAAGCAGACUGAAUGAGCCCUUGCGGGAUAGAUCGAACAGCGCCUCUAUGCGUACAGGACUAAACCGCCCUUCGACUUUUGAAGGUCCUACUCAGCUUCGACGCGACGAGUCCCCUGCUGCCACCUAUUCUCCGAACCGUGUCCACAGCGACCUUUCAGUCCGAACGACCCGGGCCUCGUUGAAGCCUGUCAGCAAGGCAUACGACAACUACCAGAGUGACUCGAACUCACACGGAAAUGUCAGCCCGUACGAUGAAAGAUCCGAAUCACCAGCGACGUCGCAAGGCAGCUACUUUUCACGGAACCCCAGCUUCACAGCAGUAGACACUGUUGGUACAACGGGGAUCAAGAAGGGCCCGCCGCCGCCGCCUCCAUCGAGGGCUACCAAGCCGAAGCCGCCUCCACCACCGCCGUCGAAGCGCCAUUUGGUUGGGGCAUGA